GUUCACUAUGUGAUCAAAUUUCAAUUGAAUUCGAUUGAAACAUUGAAACUCCACAUUCACAGCCGAAAGUUCUCCGCAUCGUCUCAACCCCGCAACCCCGCAAUUACUGCCAGCCAGGUAGGUGCUGGGUACCUAGGUAGAUAUUAAAUAAAUAGCAGGUAAUAAUAGUAGGGUUACCAUGUAUGCACUCAGACAAGUAAACUACCUAAGGUUAGCACGUUGUACGAAUAUGUAUAAACCAAACAAGUACAACUCAACUCUGACACCAAAUCAUGGCCAAGAUCUCGAAAAUUGAGUACUGGCGUGUACCACCACGUUGGCUUUUCGUCAAGAUAACUGACGAGAAUGGUGUAUCAGGCUGGGGAGAAGCAAGUCUGGAAGGCCAUUCACAAGCUGUAGAAGGCUGUCUGGAUGCAUGGGCGGAACGAUAUGUUGGAAUGGAAGCUGAUGAUAUUGAGAGGAUAUGGCAACUAUCCUACCGAGGCGGCUUUUACCGAGGAGGACCCGUGCUCAUGAGUGCUCUAAGUGGAAUAGACAUUGCGUUAUGGGAUUUGAAAGCCAAAAAGUUAAAAGUCCCGAUCUACGAACUUCUCGGUGGAAAAGUUAGAGAUAAGAUUCGAGUCUACGCCUGGAUAGGUGGUGAUCGUCCAAGUGACGUUGAGGUGCAAGCGAAUGGACGAAAGAGCCAGGGGUUCGAUGCGGUUAAAAUGAACGCUACCGAGGAUCUAGGCUGGCUCGAUUCUCCUCAGAAGCUUGAAGAAUGUGUUGAAAGGGUAAAAGCUGUGAAGGCUCUAGGUCUUGACGUUGGUGUCGACUUUCACGGAAGAGUCCACAGACCGAUGGCGAAGCAGCUAAUCGCCAAAUUAGAGCCUCAGGACCCUCUAUUUAUCGAGGAACCAUUAUUAAGCGAGAACAUUGGCGGCAUCAAGGACAUUGCAGCCCGUACACAUUGUCCCAUCGCCCUUGGCGAACGCCUCCACAGUAGAUGGGACGUGCGACCUUUCUUGGAAUCCGGGUGUGUGGACAUUCUACAGCCAGAUGUUUGCCACGUGGGUGGUAUCUCAGAGAUGCGCCGUAUCGCUUCAGCGUGUGAAACCUACGAUGUUGCUUUAGCGCCACACUGUCCUUUGGGCCCAAUCGCACUAGCCGCUUGUAUCCAGGUCGAUGCUGUCAGUUCGAAUUUCGUCAUUCAGGAGAUGUCUCUCGGCAUCCACUACAAUGUUGACGGAGACCUCAAAACUUAUCUAAGUAGCCAAGAAAUUCUUAACGUCAAGGAUGGCUAUAUUAACUUGCCAAACGACCCUGGGCUGGGGAUUACAAUUAACGAAGAGGCAGUUCGUUCUCUAUCGGAAGGUUCGAAAGCGUGGGUCAGUCCCACAUUCCUCGGCCCAGGAAAUGAGUUGAGAGAGUGGUAAAUAGAUAUACACUUACCAUAGCUUUUUGAACCUAUCACGUAGUAAUUGCACUACCUUCGCUCAUAAGUACAAGAACCCU